AAACAAAACCUUCAAAAACCAUGAAAAUCAAAUUUCAAUCAAAACAACAAUGAUUCAAUUCCAAAGAACCUUCUUCUUCACCAACACCACUUCUUCUCCCACUCUUCGCAACUGCAUGUUUCAACUCAGGUCGUUACACAAUCCCUUAAUCUCGCCGCACUUACCCUCGCUCGUGAAUUUAACUACCAACGCCGUUCAACACCGUAACUGUUUCUCGUUUCGCUCUUUUAGUGUAACUAACUUCAAUACUUUGAAAUCUGUUACGUCCAUUAGCGGUUUCGGUUUACCGUUUCGGGUGAAUGGCGUUGGAAGGAGUUUACGGUAUUUGUCUGCUGUGCCGGAGAAGAAGAGUAAAUGGAAGAAACCGGUAAAAGCUGUUGCCGUUCGCGGUAAGGAUAAGAAGGAUGCUAGUUCUGGUGAAUCUGUGGAUAAAAAUGUUAAAAAUGUGGAGUUAGAGAAAAGUAGUUUAAGUGAAGAGAUCAAGAGUGAUAAACAGGAUUCCAAAAUUAAUAAUGUUAAGAAGACGAAGAAGAAGAAGCCACCGAGUAAGAAGAAAGAUGUUAAGACUUCUGCUGCAACUGAUUCAACCGAUUCAUCGAAAGCUGUUGGUGAAGAAGUUUCUAAAAAAUCACCUUCCAAAGGGAAGAAGAAGACUAAUGUAAAGGAGAGUUCGGCCGUUAGCACUUCAAAAGAAAUACAGGAUGGUUCUGCUUCUACAAGGUCAAAGAAAAAGGACGUAAACUCUAGCCAGGUUGAUCUUGAGAAGCCGCUAGGAAAUUUUACGGGAAAACCACUGUAUCCACCUACGGGAAAGUCUGUGAUGGUCGUGGAGUCUGCUACGAAGGCAAAGGUUAUUCAGAGAUACCUUGGUGAUAUGUAUGAAGUAUUGCCAAGCUAUGGUCAUGUAAGAGACUUGGCUGCAAGGUCUGGAUCUGUGCGGCCCGAUGAUGACUUUAGUAUGGUGUGGGAAGUUCCAUCAUCUGCCUGGACUCAGCUGAAGAGCAUCAAUCUUGCCUUGAGCGGAGCAGAAAAUCUUAUUAUUGCAUCAGAUCCUGAUCGCGAGGGAGAGGCUAUCGCUUGGCACAUAAUUGAGAUGUUACACCAACAAGGAGCUCUGCGCGAUAAUGUUUUUCUGGCUAGAGUUGUCUUUCAUGAAAUAACCGAGCAAUCUAUAAAAACUGCUUUGCAAGCACCGCGAGAGAUUGAUGUGAAUUUGGUUCAUGCUUACCUUGCACGGAGGGCCCUCGAUUAUUUGAUUGGGUUUAAUAUUUCACCAUUACUAUGGAGGAAGUUACCGGGUUGCCAAUCAGCAGGAAGAGUUCAAUCUGCUGCACUUUCUCUUAUAUGUGAUAGAGAAAUGGAAAUUGAUCAAUUUAAACCCAAGGAGUAUUGGACUAUGGAGGCCAAGUUUGAUAGGAAAGAGCGGAUAUCAAACAAGGACGUAACAUUUCGUGGUCGCUUGACCCAUUUUGAUUCUAACAAGUUGACUCAAUUUUCAAUUACCUCUGAUGGGCAGGCAAGGGAUAUUGAAGGCAAGGUAAACUCUGCAGAGUUUCAGGUUAUUAGCAUGAAAAAAAACAAAGUUCGAAGAAAUCCUCCAACACCUUAUAUAACAUCAACACUUCAGCAAGAUGCUGGAAAUAAAUUGAAAUUCUCAGCAAGUCAGACAAUGAAGAUUGCUCAGAAACUCUACGAGGGAGUUGAAUUGUCUAAUGGUAAAGCAGUGGGGUUGAUAACAUACAUGAGAACUGAUGGAUUCCAUAUUUCUGAUGAAGCUGUUGCCAAUAUUCGCUCCCUGAUAAUUGAAAGGUAUGGACAAAAUUUUGUUGCACAAAGUCCACCUAAGUAUUUUAAAAAGGUGAAAAAUGCACAAGAAGCCCAUGAAGCCAUUAGACCAACUGACAUACGUUAUUUACCAUCAAUGCUGGCUGGGGUGUUAGAUGAAGAAUCCUUGAAGCUUUACACACUUAUUUGGUCAAGAACAGUUUCAUGUCAGAUGGAACCAGCUAUUCUUGAGAAGAUACAAGUCGAUAUUGGAAAUGCUGAUAAGUCUAUCAUGUUACGGUCUGCUAGCUCAAGGGUUGAGUUUCCUGGAUACCAGGCAGUUUUCACGGACAUUGUCACUGAAGCUGGACAAGAUAGAGACAGUGAUGGAUCCAAUCAUGAUCUAGCUUUUGAGGUUCUAAAUUCCUUGAAGACAGAGGAUCUGUUACAUCUUGUUGAAACUGAGGGGAGUCAGCACCAUACACAACCACCACCACGUUACUCCGAAGCAUCAUUAGUUAAGAAGCUUGAAGAGCUUGGGAUUGGAAGACCUUCAACAUAUGCAAGCACAUUAAGAGUUUUACAGAACUUGCCCGGAAUUGAAGUUCUACAUGAGGCUAAGGCUGAUCAGAUCCGUGAAGCUGCUGAGGAGCUUGUGAACUUGGGCAGAGUCAAUGGUCCUAAGUUCAACCAGAUCUGUGAAGCUGCUAAGAAGCUUUUGGAUUAUUUGAAGACAUUUGUGGAUGAUAGCAUUGAUAGGGAAGUCAUAGUGCUUUAUAAAGACUAUGCCGAAACUAUUUCUGCUGCUGUGAAACAGGCUAUUGAAAACAAUUAUAAAGAGCCUGAGAGAACAACAUAACGUCAUAUGAUUCAUAUAUCCAACUUCAGAUGGUGGGUAUACGCUGUAAUUGUACCCAGUAAUAUAUCCAACUUCAGCUGGUGGGUAUACGCUUUAAUUGUAUCCAGUAAUAUAUCCAAAUUCAGCUGGUGGGUAUACGCUUUAAUUGUAUCCAGUAAUAUAUCCAACUUCAGCUGGUGGGUAUACACUUUAAUUGUAUCCAGUAAUACAUCCAACUUCAGCUGGUGGGUAUACGCUUUAAGGGUCAUCCACUCCACUAUGCUAGAUUGAUAUAUGGCAGAGAAGCCAAAAUAAUAAAGAGAUGGGUAACGAACCCAACCUGUUUUCUAAGAAUCGGGGGGGGCACAUCCUGAUCCAGGUAGAUAUACAAGGUUAGUUGGAAAACUAAACCAUCUCACCGUGACAAGACCAGAUAUUUUGUUUGCUGUUAGUGUUGUGAGUCAAUUCCUAAAUUCACCUUGUGAUAGUCAUUGGAAUGUUGUAGUUCAAAUCUUGAGGUAUAUUAAAGGGUCACCUGGAAAAGGACUUGUUUAUUCAGACAGAGGUCAUACAUUACUGAUACUGUUGGAUAUUAUUCAGACGCAGAUUGGGCCGGUGAUGUGAAUGAUAGAAGGUCUACUUCAGGUUAUUGUGUUUUAAUCAUGGAAAAGUAAAAAGCAAACUGUUCUUGCAAGGUCAAGCACAGAGACAGAGUACCCUGCUAUGGCCCACACUACUUGUGAGCUCUUAUGGUUGAAGCAUUUGUUACAAGAGCUAAAGUUUUGUGAACUAGGUCCUAUGGAAAUUAUGUGUGAUAAUCAGUCUGCGUUGUAUCUUUCUUCAAAUCAAGUUUUUCAUGAGAGGACUAAACAUAUAGAAGUUGAUUGUCACUUUAUUAGAGAAAAGAUUCUUUCUGGCAUCAUUAAAACCUCUUCAGUGAGCUCAAAUGAUCAGUUAGCUUAUAUCCUCACUAAAUCUCUACGGGGGCCUCGUAUUGAUUAUAUAUGUAACAAGCUGGAUGCAUACGAUAUAUAUGCUCCAGCUUGAGGUGGAGUGUUGAUUUUUAUUUAUUAUGAUAGAUUUAGUUUCCUUAUUUUAGGAUUCUCUCUUGUAUAUAAGUUUGAACCUCAUUGUGAAAUAUAAGUAACUCAUUUGAGCAACAUCGCACUCCACUUUCUCUUAAUUCUCUCCCCUUCCAUCCAUGCAACUUCUAUCUCCAAAAACCUUGUCUCUAGUGACGUUCCUUUUCCAAUGAACAACAAAAAAUUUCGAUCUUAUUUAUUAAUUAUCCGGUUCAACCAACAACAGUUCAACCGGGUGAACCAUGACCCGGAGCUCUUACUGGUUUUUAAAACAUUGAUAAUUAUUGAUGAUCGCAACUUGUAACUUAAUGUCCCCAAGUCAAAUACCUGUAAAACUCUUAAUGUGCUUGCAUAUGUUGAAGGUCUUCCAAUCCCAAGCUCUUCAAGCUUCUUAACCUGUGACAUGCAAAUAUCAUAAGGGAAAUGCUAAAAAGAUACAACAAAAAAGACAAGGUGUAAAAGAAAUUAGAUAUCUCUAUCUCCUCCUUGCCAAACAAAGCAUAUAUAUUUCAAAGAGCUCCAAUUCAUGUUGAACUCAAUAUGUGCCAAUAGAUCUAUUUAUUUCACA